AUGCGGAAAAUCACAGAGGCUGCCUCGCGCACGCUCACAAAGCAGCUCUCGGGCACGCUCACAAAGCAGCUCCCGGGCCUGUUCAAGUCCCCCCACAAGCGCGCCGUCAACAUCGUCUCCCCCAAACUCUGCGAACAAGCAAUCUCCCGCCUCGACCUGAGCGCCUACAAGAACCCCAUCCUCAUCGACAUGUCCCCCGGCAUCUGCACAUGGUCCGCCGCACUGCACGACGCCCUCAAACCUCGCGCCCACAUCCUGCUCGAGCCCGAGACGGCCUACAAGCCCUGGAUCGACCAGUUCCAAUCCACGCGGCCCAACACCUACUGGCUCCCCGAGCACGGCGACCGCUGGAACCUCUACAUGAACAUGUUCGGGCUGACCGCGCCGCCGCCCAAGUGGCCGGCGGACUACCCCAAUCUCACGCCGCGCACCGUGCCGCCCGAGGACGGCGUCAACACCGACAUCAUCUUCACGGGCAACCUGUCCGAGACGGAGAUGCUCAACAACCGGCUGCUGGCGCAGCUGAUCGCGACGAUCCCGCGCGAGCGCUGGCUGAUGACGUAUGGGAGGGUGCGCUUCCUGACGUGGAUCCUCGACGAGACGAAGGUCAGGUAUAUCCCGCGCACGGUGGCGAGCAGGAUUAGGGCCACGGUCAUGGCCGAGGCCGUGUGCGAUGUGACGGAGGUGGCGAGCUCGAACACGAUCACGACGGGGAGGGGCCAUCCGAAGGCGUCGGUGUUCAAGACGGAUGUGGACGGGAACUUGGUGGUUGAGCCGGUGGAGAAGGUGGUGGCGCCGCCGCCGCCGAAGAAGCGCGGCCGGCCGAAGGGGGCGGGGAAGAGGAUGAAACCUGUGAGGGAGGCGGAGAAAGAAGAAAACCCAGAGAAGGCCGACGCACCCCCCGCGCCCCCCGCGCCCUCUCCCGAAGAGAAGCUCCACCAGGAGGAAGAGGAGAUAGACUCCGGAACAGACCAGCCCCUCGAGAAGCUCAUAAAGCGCUUCGAAAGAGGCGCCAACCCCGCCAGCGCCCUCAAGAUCACCAUGCCGCUCAUCGUCGACACCCUCUCCGCGCUACAAGAGCACUACAUCCCCACAGCCCAGCGCAUCAGCCACCACACCGAGCUGCGCGAGCUGCGCGAGCUCGUGCGCGCCCUGCAGGCCGAGGCCCUCACCGAGGCGCACACCCACGUGCUCUCCAUCCUGCUCGCAAAGAUCAAGGAGUUCGACAAGAGCCACAAGGAGAGCGUCCGCCGGCUCACGGCGCGCCUCACCGAGUACUUCAGCGACCCGGCGACCGACGGCAUGCGGAUCGAGGGCAUGGACCACCCGGCGUGGUACUACAAGGACGAUCUGCACGGGCUCGCCGAGACGCUGGUCCGGAAGAAGAAGAUGAGCCUGGCCGAGGGCGGCAUCGAGACCACGCGGCUGGGGAAGAACAUGCGUGCUGUCAAGCUGGACGACAGUCUCUUUGAGUCGCUGGAGCGGCUGGAGGAGACGGCGCCGCCGCCGAAGGCGGAGGGGAAGGAGGUGGAGAAGUUGAUUGCGGAUUAUAAUAGGCAUUGGGAUAGCAGUGGGGGGAAGGAUAGUGCGUGCGAUAUCAAGGAGGAUGAGAUAUUCAGCUACGAGAAUAAGCUGCUCGAGUUCCACCGCCGCGAGUUUGAGCCGAUCACGGUCCAGUCUAGCGAUUUCUACCCCGAAACCCCCCUCGCCCUCCUCGACUUCACCCCCAAGCUUCUCCACCCGCACCUCCGCAACCCCGACCUCAACUCCCGCGACCAGACCUGGGAAACCUUCAACUGGCUGCUACGCACGCUCUUCCUGCUCCGCGCCCACACCAUCAGCUCCGCGCUGGCCACGCUCGCGCCCGGCGGCGAGUACAUCCUCGACAACCUUGCGGCCGGCGUGCACAUCAACCCGGACCAGCGCACGCGCACGCUGACGGCCGACGAGCUCGUCGAGAUCACGCGCGCGUGGGAGACGUGGCCGUUCCGCAGUGAGCUGCUGCAUCUGGAGGAGUAUACGGGCGAUGGAAGGGAGGCGGAGGUCAUGAAUAAUGCGAACUUUAGGUUUAAGGUGAAGACGUUGAAGAUUGUGAGGUAG